AUGUCCAAAACAUCAACUGGAUUGACCGAUACGAAGCGACCUACCAUACCUGGUGAUAAUUUCGACUCAGAGGAGACCAGAAGCAAUCAAAGUAGAAACAGAAUACCAGGUAUUGUUCGUCAUUUGAUUAACAAGAAUGAGGCUGAUCUCAGCUUUGCCAGACUCUAUUCUCAACCCUCCACCAAGGCGGGCGGGUGCAGUGCUGCCAGUGGAAGUGAGAGCACAAAACAUACAGAGCAGUGGUGUAAUCCUCAAACAACAGGAGAUAUCGAUGAUAGAAAGAUGCAGGAUAAAUAG